CCCCCUGCGCUCCCUCCCGCCACUUCCGGGGGCGCCACAAAAGUCUCGGGGCGCCGCCGGGGCUGUGGCUGUGGCUGGUCUGGCCAGGAAGCUGUGGCCCCCGCGACGGGCCUUGCCGGUGCCUCUGCCGGAGCAGGUGAGGUCGUGGUGUUGGGAAGUACAUCUGUGCUAGUUCUCUCAGAUUGGCAAUGGUUCGUAGUGGAAAAAGUGGUGGGCUUCACUUGAAGCAGAUUGCAUACUACAAGCGAACAGGGGAAUAUCAUCCCACAACAUUAUCAAGUGAAAGAAGUGGAAUCAGGAGAGCUGCCAAAAAAUUUGUUUUCAAUGAAAACAAGUUGUUCUAUGUUGGAAAAGACAGAAAACAAAUGCGCCUGGUAAUUGUUUCAGAUGAAGAGAAGAAAAAAGUCCUCGAGAAAUGCCACAAAAAUGCUGCUGGCACUCAUCAUGGUAUAUCAAGGACACUGACUUUAGUGGAGUCUAAUUACUACUGGACCUCUGUAACAAAUGAUGUCAAGCAGUGGGUGCAUGCUUGUCAGCAUUGCCAGGUGGCAAAGAACAUAGCCACCAGAGUACCCAAAAUGCACCCUAUCAAAGCAGAGGACCCAUGGACAGCAGUCACUAUAGAACUAAUGGGACCUUUCAAUGUUACCAACAGAAGUCACAAAUACAUCAUAAUUAUGACAGAUUUGUUUACAAGAUGGACUGUUAUCUCACCACUGCAUGACACUUCAGCAGCUGAAAUUGCUAAAGCAAUCAUAAAUGUGUUUUUCUUAUAUGGGCCACCUCAAAAGAUGUCUAUUGAUCAGGGGAAGGAGCUUGUUUAUCAGAUAAAUGAAGAACUGUUUGCACUGUUUGGAAUGAAGCAAAUUGUAUUGUCUUAUCCUCAGACACAUGAUGUAAAUGAAAGAAUGUCCAAGACAAUCAAAACUUUCCUUAACAAGUAUUGCAUAGACCAUCCAAAUGAUUGGGAUGAACAUUUAUCUGCUAUAGCCUAUGCUUUCAAUUUGACAAAUUUGGAGCCAGAUCAAAACACCCCAUAUUUCCAAAUGUUCAACCGUAACCCACAUGUUGUUGAGCCCAUGAAUAUAUGUGUGGAAGGAGAACACAGUAGUUUUGCCAAAAUAUUUGAAGCAACUAAAAAACUCAGUCAAGCACUGGAAGAAGACAAAACCUCAGGUUGCCAGGCAGAUAAAAAAACUUCAGAUGAACAAAAAAUCAGAACUAAAAUCACAGUCAAAAGGAAGUCAAAACAAUUAAAUACCCUUCAACUUAAAGUUGGUCAUGAAGUCCUCAGGCAAAGAAAAAACUGGUGGAAAGAUGGUCGUUUCCAGUCGGAAUGGAUUGGUCCUUGUAUCAUAGAUUACAUCACAGAAAAUGGCUGUGCAAUAUUACGAGAUUCCACAGGAUCCAGGCUGAAAAGACCCAUCAAGAUGUCUCACCUCAAGCCAUAUGUAAGAGGGUCCAGUGAAAAAGGUUUUAGGAAGCCUGUUGUGUGUUGAACUGAGAUUUCCCAGUGAGAGCAUGAAGAAACCACAUUUAUCCAUGUGCAUGCACAAAGUGAAAGAAUCUACAUGUCCAUUUAUUUUAAAGCUUUAGUUCAGUAGGUGACUAAGAUAGACAUCAAGCUAAUCAUUGACUUAGCUAAUAAAAGCUCUAAAUGUGGGUCACCCCAAGGAUUAUUUUGUGGAUUUAACGAGAUGCCAAACAUUGAUCCUCAGUGAAACCGGGAAAUUCACAUAAUCAGUUUACUGUCACUCAAACAUUCUUAUCCUGUUUUGGAAAUUGUAUUGAAAACUAAGUUAGCACCUCACUAACAUUUCAAGUACAGCUUCAGAACUCUGAACUAAUGGCUACUUUCCU